AUGAGAGCAGAAACUGAUGCACAAAAGGAAAACAGUUUAAGGCACAAUAUGGGAGCUCAUAAGUUAUGUGCCAAGACAUUUCAUAAGUUACUAAAAGCAGACUAUUCUGAUAGUGUCACACAAUAUGCAAUCACGAAGCGCAAAAUUAGUGCUGCUUUACGCAACGGUAAUUCUGUAGCCAAGUGGUCUCCCGUGCCGUCAACAAGUAGUGGCGUUCAAAACUCGAUGCAACCAUCAAGCUCAGAGCAUGUAGUGGUGCCGCACUAUGUUUUAUAUACAGGGUCCGAUUUUGAUUCUGAUAACUCAGUAUUGGAUAAAACUAACGAAUUGCCAAAUGCAAGAGAAAAAAUAGCUCAUUCCGUCUUGCUGUGUCCCAUUACAGACGUGAACAUGCCCCUAACAGAAAGUAUUUGCCUCCUGAUCUCAGUAUUCGAAUCAUGA